AAGAGCCUUCUUAAAUUUGGGGCUUGUCAUGGGGACUUUUACAUGAACCGCCAAAACGAAACGGCAAGACUAAAACGAAAUGACAUCUACAAUUUGAUGUUUUAUCGGGUUUAUCUGUUGGAAUUAUAUGCACAUGUUAUCAUCUUGAGACAUCAUGCUUUUACUGAAACAAACAGUCUUCGAUAUGAAGAAUUUGCCAAAAUCUGGAGAGAUCGCAACAUGCCUACCAUAUAUAUGGGAAGACAGAAACAAAAUGAGUUGCGUGAGAUGACAGAAGAAGUAUUUAGAAUAGCAAUAUCCUAUAUAUUGCCACCCUUUGAAAUACAAGUGAAAGUUGGUGCCCUCUAUAUGAUGUAUGGGCUCUACUUCAAGCAGCUAACUACUCCUCGAGUCAGGUUUCGUGUGACAGUUGAUAAUUGGAGGAAAAUAAAAGAGUUUCACUUAGAGGUCCAAAGCCAGCAACAUCUUGACGCAGACUAUAUAUUCAGGAAACUGGUCUAUGAAAAUGCCUUCUUCUUCACAGCUACUGAAGCUGAGAUGUACCCCUGUCUGAGGCCAACUUCUGAGGAUACUGAUAAACCUGAGAAACUUGGCAAACAAAAGAGCAUCAUAGGUGAACUAUUUGAAUCAGAUAAUAUUGAGCAAUUAUCAGCAUUUCAUGAGAACUAUCAGCAGAUGAAGAACCGUUUAACAGGGGAUUCCAAGCAGGUUGAUGAAUCUCUUAAUGUUAUAGAAAAUCAACUGGUGCAUUAUAUAACAAGAAAUGUUACUUCACAUGAAGAAUGGCGUACUACUGGACGUCGUAUGAGAAAGAAAGAUGGUGGUAUAACAACAUCAGAAAGUGAGGGUGAUUCAGAUCAUGAAGCUACUGUAUCAGACAUUGGAAAAUCCCGUGCUUCAAUACGAGCGAAAGCAUCCACAACAAUGGGUGCUUCCAAGAACAAAUCAAGACGUCAUCGUCGCCCUGAAAUGCUAAGUCCUGAUGAAGAUGAACCCAUGAAGAAGAAACCAAACAUUGACAUUGAUUUUGAUGAAGCUAUCAAAAAAAAACUAUCUGUACCAAGUGUAGAUGUUGGACCGAUCCUGAAAUCUGCCCUUCUCAGCAUGCCCUCAUUUGAGACAGAGGAAGAACAAACUCAGGUUAAAGGCAAAGGAAAGGGAAAAGGCAAAAAGUCUCCUAAGUCAAAUGAGAAAAAGAAACAGACCAAGAAGGACACACUUAAAUCAUCAACAAAACCAGAUACUAAAAGUAAGAAAUCUAAAAAAACAAAAGAUAAAGAAAUUCAAGAGGAAAUUUUGAUUGAGAAGAAAGAUAAAAAAGCCAAAAACAAGACUAAAUCUAUGGACAAAACAAAACCCAAAAUGACAAAACCUAAAGACAGUCCAAACUCGGAAGAAAAAUCUGCAGAGGAGUCAGGUAAAUCUAAGGACAAGACUAAAACUAAGAGGAAAAGAAAAUCCAAAGUAAAAUCUGAACCUGAUUUAAGUACCAUUGAUACAUCAACUGUGAAACCUGAGCCUGCAGUUAAAGCUAAAAAAUCUAAAGAAUAAGUAAUAAAGUUAAUGAGAAGGAAUGGGUUGAAUAACUGAUGUUGUACAGUGUCCAGUGUGCAUACUAUACACCAGCUGUUACAGCUAUCAUGCCAAAUUAGAAUACUUGUAGAUAGAGAUAUUCCAAAAUGCUCAGAACUGUGUCACGAAACAUUUUGAAAUAUGUUGCAAGAUACUCCAUACUCCUUUGAACAGUAACACUAUCCAAGACACUGGAGCAGGUUAAUAAUAUAGUUUCCAUAUAACUUUUGAAAUCUCGCUAAAUCUCGUUUUUUGUGAGAUUUUAAGAGAU